AUGCCCAGCCCCGCGUCUAGCCGAAGCGUCACUGGAGACCCCCACCACAGUGACACUAGGCCGAUUUAGGACUUACCCCAGUCCAGUCCCCUGGAGGCGCGUCAAGCCAGCCCAAGAUUUUCAACGUCGACCGCCGUCUUGGCUGCUGGACUCGCUCGCGACGGUCAGCUAUCCGCCAUAUCCAGCAUCAUGUCUGCCCGUCCUUUGGCUCGGGCGCUUGGUCGUCUGCCCCGCCAACAGCCUCUUCCGUGUUCCGUCUGCCGGUCUCGACAAUUCACCACCUCGACUCAUCGAGCAGUCAAACCAGCUGCCGGCGCUGAUCCCAAUCCCAAGGAGCAGAUCAAGGGUCCCGAGAUUGUCGCGCCACGAAGCUAUGGCAAACGCAUUGAUGAAGGUUUCACGCCCAAGCCACUGCCUCGGCCGAUAGGGCUGCCCAACCCGCCGCAAGCAGGCGAGAACACGGGCGUGGAUAGCCGAUCAAUCAGGCAAAGGAGAGACGACUUUGUGGAUUAUGACAAGCAUCUGGCGCGAAGAAAGGAGCUCACGGCGCAAAUGUCGAAACCGUACUUUCGCGACUGGGGCAACUUGAAAUUCCACGAGGGCAAAUCCUUCAUCUCGCCGCCACGACUCUUCAAGGCGGAGCUCUCGCUUUACUUUCCCAACUUUUACGGACAAACGCUCGUCAAAGGCUCCCAGCCGACCGACACGACCCCUGUCCUGACGGGCAAGGCCUCUGUCGUGUCCGUCUUCAGCAGUCAGUGGGCCGAAACACAAAUACAAAGCUUCGUGUCAUCGGACGCCAACCCGGGGUUGCACGAGGCCGUCACGCACAACCAAGACGUGGCGCAAAUGGUCUAUCUCAACUACGAGGACAACCGAGCCAAAGCCAUGCUGGUCAAGUGGUUCAUGGGCUCCCUGCGAAAGAAGUUCCCCGAACGGGACUGGGACAAGUACUUCCUCGUGCAGAGGGGCCUGUCGGAUGCUAUCAGGGAGCACAUUGGUCUGCUGAACAGCAAGGUUGGCUACACGUUCCUCGUCGACCAGAACUGCCGCAUACGCUGGGCGGGUAGCGGAACGGCCCAUCCAGAUGAACUCGAAGGGCUCAACAGGGGUCUGGUCAGGAUGGCGGAAGAAGUCAGGCGGGCCAACUACAAGCCAGCGACGGCGAGGGAGGCCCACAGCAGACAGCACUUGCGAUCGGGAACGCUGGAUCUGUGAUGAUGGACGCAAGCAGGCGAUGAAGAAGACGGGCUUAGCGGAACACCUUGUCGCCCAGCUCUGACUGUGUCAUAUUAUUAUUGUACAAUUGAAAUACGCUGAUAACCCCCGUCCCUGAACGCCUUCGCCCAUGCAAGAUAAUAGAGACCCUGUUACGCAUUUCCCCCCGUCACGAGAGGAAGAAGAACAAGAUGAAACAGAAAGCGAUAAACGUGCCCAUGAUGAUGCCGUCUCUCCGUUUUUUGGCCGAGAUUCUGGUCAUGAGGGUGUUGAUGCCGGGAAUCUUGCUGGCAGCCAUGUUGAUCCUCCUAUUGAUGCUGGCCAUGGUCUCGCCCUGCGACAGGAAGCUAUCCUGGAUAGCAUACGCCUGGCUGAUAAUGUUGUCCGUCAUCUCGUGGCUGCGGUC